AGAGAUAACAAUUAUAAGACAAUCAUCAUGGGAUUUCAAUCUCUUGUUCUUAUCGUCAUUGUUCUGUUAGUCUCAGCGGCAACUAAUCAAGCUAUCCCUGUAGAUAUCAAUGAUCCACACGUGAUUAAAGUCGCUACUUUUGCUGUUACCGAGUACAACAAGCACAAUACCGAGGCAAAUCUGAUAUUUGAGAAAGUUAUCAAUGGCGUGUCCGAUGUUACGGAAAAUGGGACCAACUACCGUCUCACCCUUUCCGCUAACGAUGGUUCAACUUCUAACAAUUUUAGCGCUAUUGUGUUAGAGAAUCCAGCAGAUAACUUUACCCUCAUUGCCUUUGCACUUAUUCCUCAUGCUUAAUUUUUUU